CCCAGAGCAGGGACGAAGGUUACGCGCAUGCGUAUUUGGAGUUCCGAGUCCGGCCGUCAGGUUUCUGAAGCGAGAAUCGAAGAGGCGGUUGGAAAUCGCGAAUUUGCAGGAAAAAUGUCGCGACAGACGAACCGAGGUACCGAGAACAAGAAAAUGAACUCAGAGCUGUUCACUCUGACGUAUGGAGCUCUGGUCACACAGUUGUGUAAAGAUUAUGAAAACGAUGAAGAUGUCAAUAAGCAAUUGGAUAAAAUGGGAUACAACAUUGGUGUCAGACUAAUAGAAGAUUUUUUAGCACGUUCUAAUGUUGGAAGAUGUCAUGAUUUCCGUGAAACUGCAGAUGUCAUUGCAAAGGUUGCAUUUAAAAUGUACCUGGGUGUUACUCCAAGUGUGACCAACUGGAGCCCAGCAGGAGAUGAGUUUUCAUUGAUUCUGGAAAAUAAUCCUCUUGUGGAUUUUGUGGAAUUGCCUGAUAACCACUCCAGUUUGAUCUACUCAAAUCUACUGUGUGGAUUGUUGCGAGGAGCAUUGGAAAUGGUUCAAAUGGCGAUUGAUGUGAAAUUUGUCCAAGAUACACUCAAGGGUGACAACGUGACAGAAAUUCGAAUGAGAUUCAUUAAAAGGAUUGAGGAAAAUCUCCCAGCAGGAGAGGAAUAGCAUUUCUAAGUAUUUUACUGGACAGUAAGACGCUGUAGAUAUUCUGUCAAUUAUAUAGAUCGUUGCAGUGCAAAUUUACUUUAUUGGAAAAAAAAUUGACCUUUUAAAGUGCAGAAAUGGAAAGCAAUUUAUAAGUCAUGGAAUUAACCUAAAGGGACUCCUUUAGACUGAAGUUCCAUUGCUUGUGCACUUUCACUUAUUUGAGGUCUUGUAUGAGAGUUUGUUUUUUGAAUUAUCUGUAUUUAAAAUUUGCGUAUUUGUUUUGGAUUAUCAAAAAAUAUAAUUUGAUUCUUUCAAUGUUUUCCCGAUGCCCACAAACUUAAUGUUACCAAUGUUGGCUCCAUUGCUUCUUUCCUCUCACCUCCUUCCCAAGGUUGUUACCUUCAAGGCUGGUCAGAAUGGUUGCCACGUCGCAUCACAAACAUAAUUCUGAUUACGAACAUUUGUUUGUGUGAUUUUAAUACAUGUUUCACUUUGACACUGAUGGAUGUCAUGCUGUUUAGCACUUAAUGACGUACUGUGGGAAAACCUCUGUGAAGUGAUCAAGCAGAAACUUUGCAAAUAUGUUCUGUGGAUGUACAGAGUAUUUCAAAAAUGGAUGCAUGUUUUGGGUUCCAAACUUUAUCUGCUUCCCAUACUAGAAUGGCAAACAUUUGCACCAUUGUUCAAAAGAGACCUAAAUACAUUACCACUGUUUAGAUUUUGACUGUGAUGUGAUUUUGUUUCUCCUUGUGUUGCUGGUCUGGAAUGUUUACAAUUUCACUUCCUAUACAUUUUGGAAGAUAAUGCUGAUUUCUUAAUUUGCUCAGAAUCUCUCUUUCCAGCGGACCUUUUGUUGUUAUGACAGUGUUGACGCUGAUAUUUUGUGAAGUGGGAAGUGUAUAUUUAUUUAUUUCUUGUAGCAAAUGGUAGGCCAUGACUUGACGAAAGAUGUUUGAAAAUGUUGAUUUUUUUUUUAAGAAGCAUAUUAAAGGUUCUUUAGAGGAGGUAAAGCAAAUUAUGUUUCAUUAUAUUUUCAAAAAAUAAAUCUGUUUAUUUUUUCCACUUCACAAAUUAUUCUGUUAAGUAUCUAAAUUAGUUCUGCAUCCUUUUAGUUAAAUUGUAGCCUUGCUUAAAUAGUAUUUUGCUGUGCAAUAGUGAGGAUUCCAAAUCCGUAGAUGAGAUAUGGAUGUGAUUUGAUGGCAAAAAUUAAUACACUACGUUGUUUAGUCUGCUUGGUUACAGCUUGCAGAUCGAUAACAUUUCCAUUGCAUGCAUUGUUUAAAUAAUAUUUUGAGAUUACAUUUUCAAAGAAUACCAUUGUUUGCAUCAUCAAUACUGAUUUCAUCUAGGAACCUCCUAGUUAGCUGUGUUGUACAGGUACUAAGUGCACUAAUGUUGAUCAGAAACUUGAGCUAAUUGUUUAUUGGAUAAAAUUGAAGGUUAACAUUUUAUAUCUGUAGAGAUGUGAAUUCUGCCCUCUUAAAUGGCUUUGAAGUUGGUGACGAUUCAAAUCAAAUGCAAUGAAAUGCAGAAAUUGAAAAUGCAAGGAACUGCAGAUGCUGGUUUAUAUAUUUUUAAAAAAAAAGACAAAUUGGUGGAGUAACUCAGCGGGGCAGGCAGCAUCCCUGGAGAACAUGGAUAAGUGAUGUGUCGGGUCGGGAACCUUCUUUGAUGAAAGUGCAGCAGGGCACUAUGUAGGAGAUAUAUCAAUUAAAUUGCUUACUUGGGUUUCCAAUAAAUAUAAAACUAUGGGUUGUACUAUUAUAUGAUAUAGACUUUAGUAGAAAAAAUAGUUCUAAGUCAAAAUGUUCAAUAUGAAGUCAAAAGAGAAAGUGAAAUGCAGCAGCCCCAGGUGGAAGGCAUAUAUUUGAAUCCUAAUUUAUUUAAAAUCCAAGAAUCUGCAAAUGUAUAGAAACUUACAUUUAAUAGUUUAUAUUACAUUUAUUAAUUUACACUUAAUAGUUUGUAUAUUAAUUUAUCAAAACAAAACAAUAUUCUUGAUGCAUAGUUUUAUUAUCUUUCAUCACUUUUCACAUUGAAACCCAAUUCUUAAUUUACCAUCAAAAUAACACCUGGGUCAAAAGAACUGCAUCUCUUCAACUUAGGGAUGGGUUAUAUACAAUGUUUUCCUUUAUUUAUUAACUUUGGAUUGAGAAGAUGAAAAUUAAUAUAUUUUCCCCAUGAUGAGCGUUCAAUAGCAUCUUCUAAUGUUGACAUUUCUCUUCCUGCUCCAAAAGAAGCUGCGCAGGCCACUUGUCAAAAAGUAUCCAGCUCCAAUUGUAUAAUGGUUAUUGGCAAAUCGUGGUCAUUGUAUCAUGCAAGUAGCAUGAAAUCACCCCAUGAGGCGAUGCUUUAGUCGGCUAAAGAGUUUUUCCACCCAUUGGUACCGAAUUACUGGUUUCUGGGUGGGUCUCUGUGGAAGGAGCAAAGCCUUUCUUUUCAAAUAGCGACCACUUGUCUUUUUGUUAACACGCCUGGAAUUAAAUUGUUUAUUAAAAUGAAUGACUAGAACCAAGUGAAUUUCAAUGAUGGAUUAUGGAUGGCAACAAGUAUAGUAAGGAGAUGGGAGAUUAAACUAAAAUGAAUGUUGCUGUUUAACUGCUGUUAAUACAUAGUCCAGUAGUUAUCAACCACUUUCUAAUUUAACUAUUGUUGAACAGGUGUCUCAUUUCGGCACCUAUUAGCUGAUUCAUUGACUGCCAGUAUAGUGCUCUUUUUAUGCCUCACAGUAGAAAGUUCUCAUCAAAGUAUGAUACAAAUAUUAAGUAGGAUUUCCGUGCAUUUCUCAAUGUGCUAUAAAAGUUUCCAAGUAUGUGGUGAAAUUAUGAUGCAUUCUUCUGUAAAUAUGGAACCUGUUCACUAUAAGUUGAUUAGAAUAUAGAAGCAGGAAGUAACGUAGGAACAAGGAACCGGAGAUGCUGGGUUACCAAGGAAAGACUCAAAAUGCUGGAGUAACUCAGCAGGUCAGGCAGCAUCUCUGGAGAACAUGGAUAGGUAACGUUUUGGGUCGGGACCCUUCUUCAGACUAAUCAGUCUGAUUAAGAGCAAUCCCCACACAAAACAUUUUCACACAGAGAGUGGUGAAUCUCUGGAACUCUCUGCCACAGAGGGUAGUUGAGGCCAGUUCAUUGGCUAUAUUUAAGAGGGAGUUAGAUGUGACCCUUGUGGCUAAGGGGAUCAGGGGGUAUGGAGAGAAGGCAGGUACGGGAUACUGAGUUGGAUGAUCAGCCAUGAUCAUAUUGAAUGGCGGUGCAGGCUCGAAGGGCCGAAUGGCCUACUCCUGCACCUAAUUUCUAUGUUUCUAUGUUUCUAAAACAUCACCCAUCCAUGUUCUCCAGCCAAAAAUAAAACAACGCUAAAACAUUUCAUAAUAUUAUGGGGGACUGACUUACAAUUUGGAGUUCUAUUUCAAUUCAGAUUUAAUUAAACAAAAACUCAAUUACAAUCCCAAUGGAUGCUUGGAUCUCACUAUUGUGGAAAAUCAAGCGAUUGUUUGGAGACAUACUGUUUUUAUAUGUGAAGAUGGUUUAUUACAAAAUAAGUAGGAUGAACUUAACAUAGACUAUAUGUUUUAUCUUGAAACAGUUAAUAGUAAUAGUCUUGGUUAAAUGUGGAGUUUGUAUUAUGUGCAGUUUUUAUUGUGGGACUCAACCCAGAUGCAUUUGCUUCCAGUUCUUAUUGAUAGACCAAAUGUCAGUCACUUAAAUGUUUUUCAUUUAGAAAUAACAAAUUCCCAGGAUGGCGGGACUGUCAUGUGCUGAGAGAAUGGAGCGGCUGAGCUUGUACACUUUAGAGUUUAGAAGGAUGAGAAGGGAUCUUAUUGAAACAUAUAAGAUUGUUAAGGGUUUGGACAUGUUAGAGGCAGGAAGCGUGUUCCUGAUACUGGGGGAGUCCAGAACCAGGGGCCACAGUUUAAGAAUAAGGGGUAAGCCAUUUAGAUACGGAGACGAGGAAACACUUUUUCUCACAGAGUGUUGUGAGUCUGUGGAAUUCUUGCCUCAGAGGGCGGUGGAGGCUGGUUCUCUGGAUGCUUUAAAGAGAGAGCUAGAUAGGGCUCUUAAAGAUAGCGGAGUCAGGGAUAUGGGGAGAAGGCAGGAAUGGGGUACUGAUUGGGGAUGAUCAGCCAUGAUCACAUUGAAUGGCGGUGCUGGCUCGAAGGGCCGAAUGGCUACUCCUGCAUCUAUUGUCUAAAUGCAGAAGAUUUUGUUCUCUGAGUGACUAUUAUAGACUCAGUCAGGGAGAGAUAUUUUGCUUUUCUACUAUUGCUCAAUCCUAAAGUGUUCUGAAGGACCAGACAGUAGAAACAAGUGAUUAAAUAAAGAUCACACUUAGAAACAUACAUAGAAACAUAGAAAAUAGGUGCAUACUUGUGUUCUGUGUUGUGAAUGCUGGUUCAUCACCAUUACUAAUAAAAAAAAUUGCAAAGCAAAUCACUAUGCACGAGACAAAAGUUAAAAAUUCUGUAAAUCUGUAAUUUUCUGUCAUUUUCAAUAAAAUAAAUUGAAGUUUACUGA